AUGAGCUCCGGUGCAAAUCCUUCUCUGCCCACUUCGGUUCCAUCUUUUCGAUUGCCGGAAAAUUUGCUGGAGAAACGGGAUCCGCACAGCGAAAGCACCGGCAGCGUGUCGGUGAACUCGCCCGAGAAAAGAAAAAAAAGGAGAAGAAAGAUGUCCACAUCCAAUGACGCUGGCCCUUCGCAACACAAACAAGGAGAAGCAAAGUGGCCUCCAGAGAAUGAGGCUCACUUCAUAUCGUUGAUGUUAGACCAGGUUAUCCUGGGAAAGUGCAUCGGGCAGAAGUUCAAACAAGCCAACUGGAUGGAGAUCCAAAAAAAACUGAAUGAUAUUUGUGGUCCUGACUAUUAUUACGAGAUAACACAAAUAACGAGUAAGCAUGAUCGAUUGAAGCAGCAGUGGCGUCGGUUUUUCAAACUGCUUAACAAAGAUACGAGAUUCGGUUGGGAUAUAAACAGUGGAAAGAUUACAGGCGGUGACGAAGUUUGGGCUCGGUGGAUCACGGACAAUGACAUGAAGAAAAGGGUGUGCGUGCACUAUCGUGAACUGACCACAAUUUUCAAUGGAACAACUGCAACUGGGCGCGGUGCAAGGGCAUCUACACAAACACCCGAUGGAAAUGGCAGGCGCCGAAGAACAAACUUGGCGACCUGUUCGAAUUAUUUGUUUCCUAAUGAGUCGAAUGAUGAGGAAAUGAAUACCCCGGACAGUGAUCGGACCAUUCGUCGCCGUAGAGGGACGAAUUCCACGUUUGACACAACCAUGAAUUCUAUCACCGAAGCAAGUCGCAUAAUCCAGCAUAAUGCGCGCCCGAAUCCUGAAAAGGAUCAAGAGAGCCUUCAACAAGCUUUGAAAGCACUGGAGUCCUUGCCUAAUGUCCCCAUGGAGGUUCGAAAGUUAGCUUGGAAGAGGUUCCGUGACCCUUGGAGCCUGUACACGUUCCUUGGACUGGAACUCGAAGAAAACCGGCUUGCACUUCUACAAAUGUGGAUGGAUGAUGAUGGCAAAUAG